UAUUAUUAUUAUUAUAAUAUUUUAUACACAAUCUCUCUUUCUUCUCUCUCCUGAAGAAAAUAUAGUAAAAGCGAUAUUUUAGCUUGGUGUCUGAUCCCAAAGAAAAACUAGGGUUUCGCAUUUUCAGUUCUAAUAAUCAAUCAAAUUCACACACACCAAACAGGGUUAUGAUCAGCAAUAAGAAGUGAUUUGACUUGGAUUAGAGGAGAUUUUGACUUGGAGGAGUUGGAUUUUUUUUAUUUGGUUGUUAUAAUCCUUGGUAGGAUUCAAAAUAAAAAUAAUAGGUUUUUGUAAUUGUGGAAAUUAAAAAAACCGUGAUUUCAAGAAAUUAUGAGAACUUCAUGGGCAGAUUCUGUGGCGAACUCUGCAUCUGAGAGUGCAGCCUCUGCUUCCUCUGGUAACAAUCGUCCUUCCCGUCCCACUUAUGUUCCCCCACAUCUCCGUAACCGGGCACCACCUUCAUUUGAUGUUGCUGCUGCUCCACCACCUGCUGUUCCAUCACCAGCCAAUGAUCGUGUAGGUUAUGGUGCUCCAGCUGGUGGUUCCCGCUGGAGUAGUGGUCCUAGACCAGAUUUUGGGCGCACUUCAGGUUAUGGUUCUGGUGGUCGGAGUACUGGUGGUGGUGGUGGUUGGAAUAAUAGAAGUGGUGGGUGGGACCGGGGGAGAGAGCGAGAGGUGAAUCCUUUUGAUGACAAUGAUGGUGAUGUGGACAGCGCAUUUGUCGAACAAGAAAAUACAGGCAUUAAUUUUGACGCUUAUGAGGAUAUUCCGGUGGAGACAAGUGGUGAUAAUGUGCCACCGCCUGUGAAUACCUUUGCAGAGAUAGACUUAGGUGAGGCAUUGAAUCAGAAUAUUCGGAGGUGCAAGUAUGUGAAGCCAACUCCAGUUCAGCGCAAUGCUAUUCCGAUUAUACUUGCUGGGCGGGACUUGAUGGCUUGUGCUCAGACGGGGUCAGGGAAGACAGCUGCUUUCUGCUUUCCAAUUAUUAGUGGAAUCAUGAGGGAGCAGUAUGUACAGAGACCUCGUGGACCAAGGACUGUAUAUCCGCUUGCUCUUAUUCUCUCCCCUACAAGGGAGCUCUCGUGUCAAAUACAUGAUGAAGCCAAAAAAUUUUCAUAUCAAACUGGUGUCAAAGUGGUAGUUGCUUAUGGUGGAGCACCAAUCAACCAACAGCUGCGUGAACUUGAAAGAGGGGUUGAUAUUCUGGUGGCAACUCCUGGAAGACUGGUGGAUUUGCUCGAGAGGGCCAGAAUUUCGUUGCAAAUGAUUAGAUAUUUGGCACUUGAUGAGGCAGAUAGGAUGCUUGACAUGGGCUUUGAGCCUCAGAUUAGAAAGAUAGUUGAACAAAUGGACAUGCCCCCUCCUGGCAGGAGACAGACAAUGCUGUUCAGUGCCACUUUUCCAAAAGAAAUACAGAGACUUGCAUCUGAUUUUCUUGCAAGUUACAUUUUUUUGGCUGUUGGAAGGGUUGGUUCUAGUACGGAUUUGAUUGUUCAAAGAGUUGAAUUUGUUCAUGAGACUGACAAGAGAAGCCAUCUAAUGGACCUUCUUCACGCACAAAGGGAAACUGAAAUUAAUAUUAAGCAUUCUUUGACAUUAGUUUUUGUGGAAACAAAGAAGGGAGCUGAUUCCUUGGAAAAUUGGUUGUGUGUUAAUGGGUUUCCUGCUACAACAAUUCAUGGUGAUAGGACGCAACAGGAAAGGGAAAUGGCACUAAGAUCAUUCAAAAGUGGGAAGACACCUAUUUUAGUAGCAACAGACGUGGCAGCACGUGGUCUUGACAUACCUCAUGUUGCACAUGUAGUCAACUUAGAUCUUCCAAAUGACAUUGAUGAUUAUGUUCACAGAAUAGGGAGAACUGGACGGGCUGGGAAAACAGGUCUAGCCACGGCUUUCUUUAAUGAGAACAAUUUGUCAUUGGCAAGACCGCUAGCCGAUUUAAUGCAAGAAGCCAAUCAGGAAGUACCUGCUUGGCUCACUCGCUAUGCUUCGCGGGCUUCAUACGGUGGCGGUAAGAAUCGACGGACUGGGGGUGGCCGUUUUGGUGGCCGUGACUUUAGAAGAGAGGGCUCUUUUGGUAGAGGCGCUGAUUAUUAUGGUGGAGGGAAUAGCAGCGGUGGAUAUGGGGUUCCUGGAGGUUAUAACGGGGGAUAUGGUGCAGGUGUGGCCAGUGCAUGGGAUUAGGCGUCCCAUUAAAUACUGAAAUCAAAAAAUUCUCUUGUUCUCAUGAGUAUAUAAUUUUUUUCCCCACCUUUUCAAAGAUCAAACUUUUGAUACUCCAUUGUUCUUGAUUUGUUUUUAAUUGGGUUCUUUCUUAGCUAUGGAAAGUUGUAUGGUGUUCCAUA